CAUUGCGUAAUAUCGGCAGCUUAGAGGGCAGCGCGGGAAAAAGCAGCGUGUACGAGACUGUCAGAGUAAGAUAUGCAUAGGCAGCGAUAAGGAAGCCAACUGAAUGGGCGAAAUACAAUACGAAAAAGUUUUAUUCAUUUAUUUUUAAUGCAUAUCCUGUAUCCUUCCGGUGUUGCGUGUUAUUUUAAUUGUUUUAUCGGGAACGUAUUACUUGUAUAAAGGCAAUUCUGCCAAUUUUCGACUUUUUACUGCACAUUAGUUUUCUGUCUGGUUUUACGUUUAUACUUUAUUCAGUUUCCAUUUGCAAUGUCGGAAAAGAUGAGCCAGUACUUCACCCGACUCAGGAUUAGACGGUUUUACUCUUGGGGAGGAAGACCGUACAUCGUCAACAGGCAGCUGAAAAUUUUUUAUUACAAUUCUCUGUGCUUGAAAACGGACGGACACCCAGAACCGUGCGUCAUAAAACCUGGACAGUACAUCUUGAUUGAAGGCGACGAUGACGAUUACCCCUACGUGGCGAAACUGCUGAAGCUUUAUGGUAGCGAGACUGACAAGAGGAAGCUGGCGGAGGUGCAGUGGUUCAUACGGUUCCACGAAAUCCCUCAGAAAAAAAGGUGUUUGCUGGGCAGAGAGGCCCAUUCCCAGGAAGUCUUCUCCUACCUGGACAAGACGUGCGACACUGAGAUAGAUGCUGAAACCAUCAUAGACACCGUGCAGGUGGUGUUCCUGGCAACAGAUGCCUCCUUCCCCGAGAACGGGAGCAAGAGGACGCUGUACGUCAAGCAGUGCUGGGACACGAAGGCCUUCAGGCCAGUGGAGGCAGAGAGGGUCCAGCCAGGGCCCAAGCCUGCGCCCCCUGUGGCCCCCCCGCCGGCCCCCGUGCCCCGUAGCCUGCCCACGCCCGACGUAGUAGUGAUGAAGCGGGCGCGCUCCGUCUCCCUCAGGCAGCUCUCCAGGAGUGUCGGCAAGAUGGGCGCCAGCGAGGCCGAGUCCAGCCACUCGGCUUCCAAGCUGUCGGCCUCCAAAGCGCUGAGCCGCAAACGCAGGGGCAGCUGCGAGGCGACGCCAGGGGUCCGCAAGAAGCUGGACCUCAGCAGUCCUGGGAAGAGGCUGACGACGGAUGACAUUCUGGACGAGCUGCUGCUGGAGGAGGUCCAGUCCCAGGUGGAGCUGGCCGGGAGGAUGUCGGCUUCUCCGCCUCGGAGCUCGGCCCGCGUCUUCUCCCUUUCUCCCAUUAAGGUCCCGAAUAAGUCCGCCGCUGUCUUCAGCCCGUCCCGAUCCACAGACAGGGGCCCCCCCUGUCGGACUCACAUCUCCCCGCUUCCCAAGCAGGACUCCGCCAGGGACUUUGGCUCCACCCCUCUGGGAGAGGAGGCGGGGCUGGGGGAUGUCACUGGGUCCUCCAGCGCCGUGACGCCCCGGAGGAGCAGUCGCAGGGCAGCGAAGGCCCGGACUCCGUCCCUCCGGAAGGAGUCGUCCUCCUCUGCCUUGAGAGAGCGAGCUCUUGGGUCUGUCAGGGCUGAGGAGCCUCCCGUGGACCAGGCGGCCAUGACGCCACGCUCAAAGAGGAAGUCUGCUCUCUUGGUUUCCUCUCGUAUCAAGAAGCAGCUCAAUCUGCUGAACUCCAGCGCAAACCCCAUCUCUGAUGACAGCGAGGACGACUGCUUCCUUCCAGCCCAGGAGCCGAAGAGCGGCUGUGAGGAUGAGGAGGGUGAGGAGGAGGGGAGCGAAAACGACAGCGGUACAGUGAAGAAGGGGAGGCAGACCUCCCACACGCCAAGAUCCACCCGUAAGGGGUUGGUCUCGGCCAGGACUCCCCGCAGGACUCCCAGUAAGAAGGCUCCGCCCACUACUCCCCGCACCCCCCGGCAUGCCACUCCCAGCAUCCCUGCCAGGUGCCUCCCAGCUCGGAAACCCAGGAACGUGCUGGAGGAAGCCAGAGAGAGGCUGCACGUGUCCUCGGUGCCCGAGUCGCUUCCAUGUCGGGAACAGGAGUUCCAGGACAUCUACAGCUUUGUGGAGAGCAAGAUCGUGGACGGGAUCGGAGGGUGCAUGUACAUCUCGGGCGUGCCGGGCACGGGGAAGACGGCCACCGUGCAUGAGGUCAUCCGCAGCCUGCAGCAGGCCGCCGAGCUGGACGAGAUACCUGCCUUCCGCUUCAUUGAAAUCAAUGGCAUGAAGAUGACUGACCCGCACCAAGCCUACGUUCAGAUACUGCAGAAACUCACAGACCAGAAGGCCACAGCUGACCACGCUGCCACCCUGCUGGCAAAACGCUUCAGUAACCCUGCCCCCAAAAAGGAGACCACGGUCCUCCUGGUGGAUGAGCUGGACCUGUUGUGGACCAGGAAGCAGAACGUGAUGUACAACCUGUUUGACUGGCCUACACGGAGACAUGCACGCCUGGUGGUGCUGGCCAUUGCCAACACGAUGGACCUUCCAGAAAGGAUCAUGAUGAACAGAGUGGCCAGUCGCCUUGGCCUCACCCGCAUGUCCUUCCAGCCGUACACCUUCAAGCAGCUCCAGCAGAUCAUCACGUCCCGCCUGAACCACGUCAAGGCCUUCGAGGAGGACGCCCUCCAGCUGGUGUCCAGGAAGGUGGCAGCCCUGUCCGGAGACGCCCGCAGGUGCCUGGACAUCUGCAGACGUGCCACGGAGAUCUGCGAGUACUCCGCUGCUCAGCAGUCAGGCUCGGGAUUGGUGGGCAUGAGUCACGUGAUGGAGGCCCUGGACGAGAUGUUCUCCUCCUCCUACAUCACGGCUAUAAGGUGCGCCUCUGUCCAGGAGCAGCUCUUUUUACGCGCGGUCCUCGCAGAGUUUCGCCGACUGGGUUUGGAGGAGGCCACUUUCCAGCAGGUGUUUGUGCAGCACCAGGCCCUGUGCCGGGUGGAGGGUCUGCAGCCCAUCAGCAUCUCCGAAGGCCUGGCCGUGUGCCAGCGGCUGGGCGCCUGUCGCCUCCUGCUGCUCGAGCCGAGCCGCCUGGACGUGCUUCUCCGCGUGCGUCUCAACGUGAGCCAAGACGACGUGCUCUACGCCCUCAAGGAGGAGUGACACCCUCCGGGGCCCAGAGUGGGCCUGCAAGAAUGUUCUCUGACCCGGAGCUGGUAAAGCUUACAUCACAUCAUGCUGGGCUCCGUGGGGAAAAAGUUCUGUCAUAGAAGCAGAUUCGUGGUUCCUGCACAUUUGACUGCACGUGCCGCCGUACAACUUGCCAAAGUCAGUUUUUAUCAAUGAAAUCACUAAUUUUUAAACACCCUGUUGAAAUCAGCUUUCGAGGCGAAUGCAUUGUUGGAUUAGGGUAACCAGAUGUUAAUUGAUUUUAGUUUUACCUCCUUCACCUUCCAGACCUCGAUGGAUUUUUGUCUUGGAAGCACUUGAGUGAGUUUUCGGAACAUUCCUGAGGCCAGAUGCGAAUUAUGCACCUCUGAUUUUAGUGUGGCUUAUUUUUAAGUUGUUUCAAUUGUAAUGUCUUGAUGUUUAAUAAAAAAAAAUGA